UUUUUGUCAUUUUCUCUUUGCUUUUUGUAUAGUGCACAAUUUUUGGGAAAACCUGGUUAGGCCGGAGACGGGACAAUCAGCUCUACCACCGUACGACUGAAUUUAUCAACCCAUCUCGAGCUGCAAAUAUGGAAUUUUGAUCAAUAUGGCUUCACCAAUGGUGGAAUUUUGGUUUGAUAUCGAUCAUCUAUCUAUGGAUUGGUCAUUUGAUAUGAUUGUGGAGCUUUGCAGAAGCAGGGUUCAAUACAGAUGUUCAGGAUCAUCAACAUGCAUUCCAUUGGUAUCACUCAUUCAUCAACUUUGAUGGUGGGUUUGUUGACUUUAGCUUAGAAGUUUGGUUUGCAAUGCCUAUUGCACUUUCAGAAGUACAGGUGGAGCCCUGCAUGGAGACGAUAUAUUACAAUCUUUGCCGCAGAGACAACCUUUGCUUAUCAAUGGAAGUCAAGUCUCCCGAAUAUGUUGAAAAUAAAAUUUUGCUGGUGGAUGAUGAUGCCACUUGUCUUCCGGCUGUUGCUAUAAUACUCAGUCAAUGUAAUUACCAAGUUGUGACUGUCAAACAUCCAAUGGAUGCUUUGUCUACACUUCAGAUCAAAGGCGACUCUUUUGAUCUUGUUGUCACCGAUGUGCACAAGCCUGAUAUGAAUGCCUUUGAACUUCAACAAGUGAUAACCCAAGUAUUUGAACUACCUGUUUUAUCUAUGUCAGCUGACAACAAGGAAGGUACAAUCUUGAAAGGACUAAAGGGUGUAUCAGUAGAUGAUCUAAGAGAUCAAGGGAUGUAUACAACAUUGCAGGAGAAGAAAGGUAAAAGAGCUGUCCCUGGGAAAUCUGCAAUGAAACAGGGGAAACAGGGCAAAGAUAACAGUGUUAAUUUUACCUUACCAACAAAGUCUCAGAUUAUAUGGACAGAGUCACUUCACAACAAAUUCCUGGAAGCCAUAAGAAACAUUGGGUUUGACAAAGCUGCGCCAAAAAAGAUUCUUGAUCACAUGAAAGUCCCUGGAUUAACUAAAGAUAAUGUCUCCAGUCAUUGGCAGAAAUAUCGUAUGUCCUUGCGACGAGGUACUGAUGCAAGCUGUAGAAUCCAAGUUCCUGACAUAAACUUAACCAGUAGGGCGAAUCAAUCGACCAUUGCAUCUGGAACGCUUGGUAAAUAUAGCCAAUUUCAUCAAGAGAAUUUUAGAGUGCAGUCUAGGAUCCCCACCUCAUUGAUUCACUCUUCAACAGGUUAUCUGACAGGCAGUCUACAACAUCUUAAGAAUAAGGGGAAAGAAGUUGAUGCUGUGCUCGAUCCAGUUCGUAACUAUUCUGUCUUUCACAACGUUAAUGCUACGCAAGGAUCACAGGGCAUUGAUGAUCUUAGUGCUUCUUUCAUGAAUCAAGGGAAUGCUCAACCUCAUCAGCGAAACAAUGAAGAUGAGGUGGGUGUCAACUUCGAUGAUGGUUUUAAUCAGGGCAUGGAGAAGGAGGACUAUUUGCAAUGAUUUGAUCAAAUACCCUUCAAGGCUAUGCUGACCCAAGGUUGAUGGGGAGUUUGGCCAGACCUACUACUGAGCAACGUAAGGGCGAUUAUUUCUUUUUUGGAUUUGGUGUGCGUACAUCUUAUCCUUUCGAGACUUCACUUGUGGGAUUACAUUGUACCUUUUCAUGUCCUUAUGAAGAUGAGCAAAACAUAUUUAGUUCAAUAGUUAGUAUAUUUAAGUGACAGUUUCAUAGCAACAAAAACUGUUGGUGCUAGAGACAAAUCGAUGUUUUGCUUUAGUAUUUCUUUUUAUGGUUCUUUUGGGAUUAUGAUAUGUUUUCAAUUUUCUGAAAUUAAUUCCUUAAAUUUUAAUGAAUCAAUGUGUUGACAGUU